AUGUCCAUGCUCCUUCGAUCCGCCCCUCUACGAGCUGCCAGGGCCCUCCCAGCGGCCAGACAACAAGUCAGAAACGCCCAUUUCGAGAACGUCGUUGACCACACCCUCCCAACCAACGUCACAAACAAACCAUGGUUAGCUAUCAAAAUGAUCGUCUUCACCACCUUGGGUUUCGGUACUCCCUUCUUCGCUGCUAAAUGGCAAAUGUCAAAGUCCGGUGCCGCAUAA